AUGCGUCCGUGGCUAUUCGUCAUUCUUUCCAUCAUCUUCAUUGCCAACUUGGUUGAGUGCCAGGAGAAAAGAAGCUCUAUGGGAGGAUCGGCAUUUGGAAGUCUCGACCGUAUUCCACUCUCCUAUCUUCGCAAGUUCUAUCGUCAGAAGACGACGAAACGAGAUGAAAAUGAGUAUAUAGAUGGACCAUCGGAAAUCGGAUACCGUUCAAUGUCGUUCUGGCCACUGUACUAG